AGGUCUCCUGUACGGUAUUCGAGCAGCCUAAAAGGCGGCAAACCGAUUGAAAGGUCUUUUCGAGAACUCAAUCAAUAUCUGAAAAAGAUUUGCAGCUCUGGUGAGGACGAUCAUCCUUCAAAGUGGAAACCUAUCAAUUUGUUUCUUUUUUACAUUCCUGAACAAAUAAAAACUCGAAUUGAGUUAGAUCGGAAGAUAGAUUUCAAAUCAGAGAUGGAACAGUAUCGAUCAACAUGGAACCUUUAUCGAGAAAGAAAGUCUUGGCAUAUCCAACCAUUCAUCUAUCAAUCGUUUUCCUUUACUUGGAAAAGUGAUGUUAGAUUUCAGCACGUCCAACCAGACUUUCGUAAGAAAAUCGACAAGAAAAUUGAAAACGAGGAGUACGGGAAAUGCCAUACAAAAGACGCUUUAGAAAAAAUGAGUUCCAUCUCAAACUUUCUGAAUGAUGUAAUCGACUGGUUGGUUAAUCGACGACAUGAAAUCGAAGAGUUUUCACGGCUGACAAGCGGCACCGAAUUGAUUGCAAUGGAUUUGGAAGAGAUCAAAAUUCAAAUGGCGAAAAAGGACAAGAAAUUUUUCAAAGUAUUCGUCCUGAAACUCGAAUACAAAGAAGAUCCUACAAUGAAUUGCAUGCAGAAAGAAAUUGGAGAUGAAACCUCGGUUGCUGAGUUGCCCGUCGUGCCAAUUUUCUCUUACGAAAAAGGAUCCAAGUUGGUGAGAAGCAAGUUUGCGGAUUUCGUCAAAAAGGCCCAACUAAGCGAUUUACACGGAGACACAAGCUACUACAUAGAACUAUCACGAGAUUCUCCGACAAUUGACAACGGCACUAUCAGAACAUAUGAUAAAUCAAGACAAUCGCCAAAAAUAAUCAACGACAGUUCUUCCAGCCCUUCUUGUACAAUAACAAUCGAACCGAAGUCCAAAUCAACAAGACCAUGUGGAAAAUGCAGGGUUGCCUGUUUCUACCGAGAGUCUCGUACAACUUGA